AUGCAGAAGGCUGCGUGGAUCAAACACGGAAACAAGCGGCCUCACCGUAGCCGGGCCGCCAAGGAAGCGUUGGCCAGACGCGAGACGUGCGGCCGCAAGAGCGGUGGAGACAGCGGCACAACGGUGGGCAACAACAGGAAGGUAACUAGGGCGAUAGUAAAUGCAGCGAAGGCCUUAAGAGUCUACGGGCUGCAGCACACUCCGCGCGGGGCCGGAGCGGAAGCAGGCAAAGGGAAGCUGUACACGCCACGAGCGCCCGAGAGACGUGUUGCUGCAAGAGCGGCGGCGACACCGGUGGAGCGGUUGGCCGCACCACGAAGUUAA